AUGAUUGGACCCUCUGACACUAGAUGCAGGGAUAGGCGGUGUGAAUAUCACAAGGACCAUGGCCACGAGACUGACAGCUGUUAUGCACUAAAAGACCGUCUGGAGGAGCUGGUGCAAGACGGCCGACUGGCACAGCACGUCCACGAGGGCAAUCAACCAAACACGGUAGCUCUACGGUCGGAUUCACCUCUGCUUGGCGUGAUUCACAUAUAUAGUCUGCUGCCGCCAAAUCAGGUGCAUACAAUCCAAUUACAACCCAGCCCGUUAAAGUCGUUCACACCAGCCAAACGGCCUCACAAAACUGGCCAAAUUACCUUCGACGACGCCAAUCUUGAAAGGGUAACGCUCUCCCACGAUGAUGCCCUUGUAAUUGAGUUGUGCGUAGGCAGAUUCGUCGUUGAGCGCAUUCUGAUUAAUCAGGGGAGCACCUCGGAGAUCAUGUACUACAAGACAUUUCUCAAACUCAGCUUCAUCGAUUCAGACUUGCUAUCGGCCGAGUAUCCUCUGUUCGGAUUCAAUGCCAACCCCAAGUACCCUUUAAGCAAGAUCACACUGCCAAUUGAUACUUCAUCAGCAACUCAGUAUGUCUUUGGUGGUGUUUGGGAAGAAUUGUAG